AUGCCAAUUCGGCGACCGAAGCCCUCCUCUCAAAACCAGAGCAAUAAUGUGAUGGCACAGUCAACCGUCAGCAAAUUACCUGAAACGCUGAAUUAUCGCCACCUUGAUCGUCCCUUAACCCUCUUAGGAGCCACCAGAGGAGUCAAACGGACCAGGGCUGACCAAUGCCGAUCUUAUGUCGGCAGUCAACCCGAUGCACUACUACACGGCUGUGUCACACCCCUAUCUCCAAAAUAUGGGGCCAAAUGUGAAUCACCAUCUUCAAGCGAUCAGUCUGAAGGUGAAAGCAUUGAUCUUUGGGAACAGAGCCAGUUCCUGACUGAUGUGCUUGAGGAUCAGAGACACAAAAUAAAGACACAAGCACUCGAGCUCUUUAUGGAGUGGAGAGCAGAAACAAAAUACAUUGCACCGCGGGAGGAUAGACUGCCCCCUCGAAAAAGGUGCAAAACAUCAUCUGGGCAGUCAAUUUACACACAAGCAGAAGAUGAAGUUGACAUCAGCGAUGAGGAGCUGGUAGUGGUUUCUCAACCCGCUCGCACAAAAUUAUUCCUUCAUCUUGCUUGCCCCUUUCAGAUCUUCGCGCCAGACGAAUAUCAAAAGUGUCUGCUCAAGGAUGAUCUGCAAUCUAUCGAAGAACUAAAAGAACACCUCUUUCGAUGCCAUUCACGCCCAAUUCACUGCUUGAUCUGCUACAGGACAUUCGACACGCUGAUCCAACGUGAUGACCACGUAUUGAGCGAAACGUGCCAGAAGCGCGAUGUAGGUCCUUCAUAUGGUCUCAAUGAGAGCCAAAAGUCAAAGUUGAUUCGAGGAGACUCUUGGCACUUCGGUGAAAGGAGACGUUGGUAUUGUAUUUGGUCUGUCAUUUUCCCUGGAUCAAAGAACCCACCCUCUCCGUAUCUGGAUCGAGGCUUGGGAUUGAGUAUCUCCAUGAUGCGGGAUUUCUGGGAGUUAUAUGGGUCUCAAUGUGUCUCUGAUUGUCUUGAGCACGAGGAGUUGACAGAUGACCAGGGCGAGAGUGUUCAGCGUGUUUUGUACGAGCUAGCACUCGAGGAUUUACUGGGUGAGAUGAUACAAGAGGACGAUGAUCUUGUCUUUCUGAAUGAAGAGUAG